AUGGCCAGCCUGCGACGAUGUCGGGUGUGCUUACGGCUCGUAGACAGUCAGCUGCUAGUCCGGCGAUCACCUUUCAGCCGCUUUGCAUCCAGCUCAUCCUCGGCAAAAGCGCCCAAUUCAUCGGCCACGCCUACGACCCCAGAGCCAACGCAAGACCCCACUUUGGAUACGCCGCGAUCGGCAGCGACAGUUGGCACGCCGCUCAAGGGGUUGGCCUACCUCAAAGGAGUACCCGAUCCGCCUGCUCGACCCGACGGAGACUACCCCGCCUGGCUAUGGCAUCUCCUCGACACGCCAACGUCUUCAGUACCCGACGAUCUUCCUGCCGCGAGCGGUGCAAAGGGCAAGACAGCGCUCAGAUCAGGCACAGCACGAAGCGCGAUAAAGACGGUCGGCAGCAAACCGCGGUUGAAUGCCGGCAGCAAGUCAACAAAGCCUAGCGACGCCAGUACUGCGCAACUCGACAGAGACCAGAUGGCGACAAUGAAGCCCGAGCGGCGGCUCAGCGAAGUCGAGCAACGAACACAAGACAGAGCGCGACGUGUGGCAGAGUACGACAUCACCAGGAAAGCUCUCGCGAAGAAGAACAAAGAGAGCAUCAAGACGCUCAACUUUCUUAAGUCAUGA